AUGAGCCGGCCUUUCUUCUCUGCUCAUACAGCACCGAGGGAGCGGGUCUCGACAGUCUACGGCGCCGCUACGAUCGACGCCCCUCCUUUUCCUGACCUCGACCUACCCGCUCCUGGUCCCCCCUCGGCCACGCUCGAAUCGUACAAGCCCAACCCACCUCUCACUCUCCGGCGGCGCAUCGGGCUCUACUCGCAACUCUCCAAGCGCAAUCUGUCAAUCCUCAUGACCCUCACAGCGACCACCGGACUCGCCUUAUCCCCACUCCCCCUGUCCGUCCCCCUCCUCCUGAACCUCUCAGUCGGCACCUUCCUCGUCUCUGCCGCCGCCAACACAUUCAACCAAAUCCUCGAAGCUCCCCUCGACGCCCAAACUCCCCGUACCCGCGUCCGCCCCCUCGUCGCACGCCGAAUCUCCCCCUUCCACGCCGCUGUCUUCGGGGCGGUAUGCACCCUCCUCGGCGGCCUGGUCUUAUGGCACGGCUGCAACCCCACCACCGCCGCUUUGGGCUUGGGCAACCUCGUCCUCUACGCCGCCAUCUACACGCCCAUGAAGCGCUUCAGCGUCUCGAACACCUGGAUCGGAGCCGUCGUGGGCGGCAUCACCCCCCUCAUGGGAUGGACGGCUACCGGCGGAUCACUCUGGCCGACCUCUUCCCAACCUCUCCAAAUCCACUACCCCUCUUCCCCGCUCUCGACAAGCCCCAACCCCCUCGUCCCCGCCACCCUUUUCGCCCUGCUCUUCUCAUGGCAAUUCCCACACUUUAACGCCCUCUCACACCUCAUCCGCCCGUACUACGCCUUAUCAGGCUACCCGAUGCUCUCCGUCCUCUCCCCCCGCCUCAACGCGUUGGUAUCGCUCCGCCACGCGGUGCUGCUCGUGCCAUUCACGGCGGUCCUUGCGCCCGCAUCAGGCGCGGUGGAUUGGAGCUUUGGUCUGACGACGUUGAUUCCGAAUGUGCUUUUUGUGAAGAGUGCGUGGGCGUUUUAUAAGGAUGUAGGGGAGAAGACGGCGAAAAAGUGCUUUUUUGUCAGUCUGUGGUAUUUGCCAGUGGUGAUGGGGUUGAUGGUGGUACAUAAGGGCGUUGGGGGGUGGUUGGCGAGGAGGAAGGAAGAGGGGGAGGGGGAGGUCGUGGGAGGGAAGAAGGUGGAUCUGAGAUGA